GGAGGCAAGGCGCCGAGGAAGCAGCUUGCCGCCAAGGCUGCUCGUAAAUCAGCACCGGCCACCGGAGGAGUGAAGAAGCCUCACCGUUUCAGGCUGGAGCUGGCGGGUUUGGGGUGGAGGCCGGCGGCAUGUGCAGAAAAUUCAGGGGAAACUACCGAAAAUUGGAGAAACCAAGUGAAAUCAGUGUUAACCCAAGCCAAUUAAAGCUGGAAAAAGGGAGAUUCAUGGCUGAUUUUUACCAGGAAAAACCGAAAAUCACACCCACAAGCAAGAGCAGCCGGCGGGGAAGACAGAGCAGAGCAGAUCUGGAAUUUCCAGCAGAGAGGGGGGAAAUUUCUGGGUUCAAGAACAAGAAAAGAAGGAGAAAUCCAAGCUUUCUCACCGGUUUCUCAAGGCUGGUGCCGGCGGCUUGGGGGGGCUUUCGGGAGGAAGAAUCGGGAAGAAGAACAGAGCAGACACGCGGGCAAUGAGGAAGAAAGAAAAAAAUAUCUAAGCUUGAUCAUUAUCCUAAUUUUCGUUCUUUUUAGUCCCUCAACUUUUGAAAAUUUUGCUAUUAAGCCCCUCAAUAAUAUUUUUCUUCAAAU